AUGUCCGCAAAACCAAUUGAAGUUACUAAGACAAAAGACACUCGUUCAUCACGAAGUGCAUCAACAGACUUUUCAUCCCUAUCUGGGAAUGAAGGAAAAAUAGAUGAACAAAAGUAUAAUCCUGAUCCAAGAUAUUCUGGAUUAUUUGAUUCACCUAAUAGUAGUGAUUGUAUUACUUGGACAACUGAAGCUGGGUGUGACUUUAAGAUCAUCCAAAAAGCAACAUUAGAAAAAUGUGUCCAAACAAUGAUGACGACAGAGUUUAACGAUGGGUAUUUUCAAGAAUGUUUUGUAUUGGCUUAUAGAUUAGUCACUACACCAGAGAGGUUAUUAGAGUUACUUGGGAUAUUAUUUGAUCCAACAAUUCCAGAAGGGAUGUUAUGGGAAAAUUUUGUGAAAGAUGUUAUAUCACCGUUAAGAUUAAAAAUUAUGAAUUUCGUAAGAAUUUGGAUAAAAAACGCUUGGAGAGAUUUUGAAGGACAAACGGAGUUGAUUGAAAAAUUACAACAAUUAUUGGACCAUUUUGAAGAAUUUAAUCCUAAAAUGAGUAAAAUCAUCCAGAAGCAAAUUGAAAUGAAAAGAAACUAUCCUAACAAACAGUCAAGUGAAGAGAUAGAUUUACCUUUAUUUAAACCAAUUACAUUAGAAAAAAAUGUUAAAUUUUCUGGUGUUUUACAAUUUCAUUAUAAAGAAUUUGCAAGACAAAUUAGUUUUCAACAAAAUGAAUUAUUCAGAAAGAUUCCUUACAACGAAUUUCUUGGAAAUGGUUGGAUGAAAAAAGAUAAAGAAGUAUUGACACCAAAUAUUAUGGCUUUAGUACGUUCAUCUCAAAAAUUAUUUGGCUUUGUUCAAAACAUUAUUCUUACUGAAGAAAAUGUAAAAAUGAGAGCGGUUUUAUUACAUUAUUUUAUUCAUGUAUCAGAAGAAAUGAAAAAAUUAAAUAAUUUUGAAGGAAUGAAAGCUGUACUAAGUGCAUUAGAAUCAUCACCAAUUUAUCGGUUGAAAGAUACGUGGGAUGGAAUAUUACCUGAAGAUAAAGAAACUGAGUUGAGUUUAAAUAAAUUAUGUGACCAAGAAAAAAAUUUUAGUAAAUUAAGAGAAAUGAUGAAAAUUGCAGUUCCACCUUGUUUACCAUUUUUAGGUUCAACAAUGAGUGACUUAGUAUUUACAACUGAUGGAAAUAAACAAGGAGAUAAGUUAUUAAUUAACUGGUUUAAAAUAAGAAGUAUAGGUAAUUUAGUUAAGGAAAUAAUGGUUAAACAAGCAAUUGGAUAUCCAGUUAAAAGAUAUAAUGAAAUAAUGAAUUUUUAUAAUAGCUACAAAAUAGAAGAAGACCAAGACAAGUUGUAUGAUAUUUCUAUAACACUUGAAACAAAAAGAGGGGAAAUAAAUAAUGAACUUGAAAAGAAGAUUGCAAAAUUAAAAAAAGAGGGAAAUACUAAAAUCAAGAAAUAUAUAAAAUAUCUUUCAAAAUAA